AUGGCAUCCAGAGAAGACACCAAGGCCCUCCUUGUCGGCAUAUCCGGAGUCUCAUCUUCAGGAAAAACUACGCUCGCUCGAAUCCUGCGAGACAUUUUCCCUCGAGCCUUUAUCCUCCACGAAGACGACUUCUACAAGACCGAUGACCAAAUUCCCCUACAUCCAGACCAUUCCAUCGCAGACUGGGACUGUCUCGAGUCCAUCAACCUUCCCGCUUUCUCUUCAGCAUUGCAAUACAUUCGUGCACACGGCGUCUCACCUCCAGAUUUCAUAUCCAAAGAAGACCAAAACUCCGUGGGCAAAGUCGACGUCGAUCACGCGUUCAUCGAGGAUUUGAAAUGGAAAGCGAGUAAAUGGAUGUAUGCCGACGCACCCCCGAUCCUGCUCUGCGACGGUUUUCUACUAUACUCAGAAGGCAUGAAGGAGAUUCGAGAUUUUUUCGAUGUGAAACUCUUUUUGCGAACAGAUUACCAAACCGCCAAGGCGAGACGAGAAGGGCGCAGUGGGUAUGUGACGUUAGAAGGCUUUUGGGAAGAUCCGCCGGGGUAUGUUGAUAAAAUUGUGUGGCCGAACUAUGUCAAAGACCAUGCUUUCCUGUUUGAGCAGGGCGAUGUGGAAGGUAAGUUGAAGGAGGAUGUGGUGAGGGGAUUAGGCAUCAAGGCUAUGCCGGAAAGUGCGCAAGGGAAUAUGACGAAAUGUCUAGAGUGGGCUUAUGAUGUUCUGGAAGACGCGCUGGAGCAGUUUACGACGAGAGGGAAUUGA